AUGCCCCCAAAGAAGUCUAACAAUGACCAGCCGGCCAGGGCUCCCAGACCAUCGCGCGAUGGCUCAAGAUCAGUGGCUCCGGUUGUUAACGGCUCCAGCGCGACAGCUUCGUCGAAGAAGCGGAAGUCCAGAGUCGGCGAUGCCACAGAAAGCGCACUGGAAGCACGCGUAGCCAAGCUAGCCAAACGCGAACCCGACCAGGGCAAGAAACAGCAUGAAGCCAAGGUUGCCCCAGCGAAGAAAGGCAGACCGGCACGGGCCGAAGCUACUCGUCCUGCUCCACUGCCGGCCAUCAACAAGGUGCCCACAGAGAGGCUCCAGAUCAUGGCUUUUGGAAGCGGCGAGUGCGGCGAGCUCGGCCUUGGGCCGAAGCUCCAAGAGAAACCCCGUCCUUUCGCCAAUCCAUUCCUGGAUGGAAACGCGCCUGGAGCCUUUCAUAUCACCCAGCUCGACCUCGGUGGCAUGCACACAAUCGCCUUGACAGACGAUAACAAGAUCGUCACCUGGGGCGUCAAUGACCGAGGUCCCCUCGGAAGGGACACCACAUGGGAUGGAGGACUGCGCGAUGUUGAUGCAGAGUCCGACGAUGACGACGAGCAACUCAAUCCGGUCGAGUCUACACCAACGCAAGUCCCAGCCGGCUCUUUUCCUCCCGGGACUGUGUUUGUACAAGUUGCAGCCGGCGAUAGUUGUAGCUUUGCCCUCACCGACACUGGCCUCGUUUGUGGAUGGGGUACUUUCUUGGAUGCUGAAGCCAAGCCUCGCUUCUUCUUCACAGGUGAUAAGCUUGUCGAACAAACAUCGUUCAAGGUGGCAUGCGGGUCCAACCACGCGCUGGCGCUCGACCAGGCUGGCGAUGUGUGGGCCUGGGGGGUCAAUCAGAAGAAUCAACUCGGAUACCGCCUCUUUGAAAGCCGCCAAUAUGACCAGCGCUUGCUAGAGGGCUUCCAGCCUCAACGUGUCAAUCUGCGUCACAAUAAAGCCAGCUAUAUUGCGUCCGGCGUCGACCACUCUUUUGCAAUCGACCGGAAGGUCGCUGUCUGGGCUUGGGGUUUAAAUCGGUAUGGGCAAGCUGGCUAUGCAAAGGACGCCGGUAGUGACAAUGUUUGCCUACCGUAUCCAAUGAAGAUUCCCGAUCUUGCUAAGGUGGGUGUUACUGCCUUGAGUGGGGGUGCUGACCAUUCUGCCGCGGUCACUGCUGAGGGCCAGUGCCUCGUCUGGGGUCGCAUUGACGGGGGACAGCUCGGGGUCGAGUUGACCGCCGAACAGCUUGAAGACGAGACGCUUACCCGCCUGGACGAUCGUGGGCGUCCGCGUAUUUGCCUGCGCCCCAUUCCGGUUACGAACAUCGGGAUGGCUGUUCAUGUGAGCUGCGCUACGGGCCACACCAUCUUUGUCAACACCAGAGGCGAGGCGUUUGGGUCGGGGUUUGGAUCGAUGGGCCAGCUUGGUAUCGCCUCUGAAGACGAUACCAACGUCGCAGUGAGAAUCACUGGCGGUGCGGCGAAAAACAAGCAAUUGAUAUGGUGCGGGACUGGGGGCCAGAUCAGCAUGGUUGCUGCACGCGCCGACUCGGCAUCAUGA